AUGGGAAAGCGCUGCGCCCGGCGGCGCUGGCUGGCGACCACGUGCCUGGGCACCGCGCUCCUGCUCCUGUGCGUGGCACCCCGCGCCCUGUAUCCAGCAUUGGAGAGCAGGGCCCUGGGCCCCAACUGGCUCAGAGGGAGGAAAAGUCCUCUGCAAAGGCUCCAUGACCUGGACCAGGGCCUGCGCUCGCCCCUGGCCGAGGUGCACCGGCAGCGGCGCGACCAGCUGCGCCGAGCCUGCAGCCGCCAUACACGCCGGCAGCGCCUGCUGCGGCCAGAGGACUUGAGGCACGUGCUGGUGGAUGACACGCACGGCCUACUCUAUUGCUACGUGCCUAAGGUGGCCUGCACCAAUUGGAAGCGCGUGCUGCUGACGCUGAGUGGCGGCGCCCGCGGAGACCCACGCGGCAUCCCCGCGCACGAGGCGCACCUGCCCGGCCGCCUGCCCUCGCUGGCCGACUUCAGCCCGGCCGAGAUCAACCGGCGUCUUCGCACCUACCUGGCCUUCCUGUUCGUGCGCGACCCCUUCGAGCGCCUGGCGUCCGCCUACCGCAACAAGUUCGCUCGGCCCUACAGCGCGGCCUUCCAGCGGCGCUAUGGCACGCGCAUCGUACGCCGCCUGCGGCCCCAGGCCGGGCCGGAGGCGCUGGCGCGCGGCCACGACGUGCGCUUCGCCGAGUUCCUGGCCUACCUGCUGGACCCGCGCACGCGCCGCCAGGAGCCCUUCAACGAGCACUGGGAGCGCGCACAUGCGCUCUGCCACCCGUGCCGCCUGCGUUACGACGUGGUGGGCAAGUUCGAGACGCUGGCUGAGGACGCGGCCUUUGUGCUAGGCCUGGCGGGCGAGCCGGGGCUGCGCUUCCCCGCACCCCCGAGGCCCAAAGCUGUGAUGGCGGCGCGCGAUUACGCAGCGCUCCUCUUCCGGGACAUCAGCCCAUUCUACCAGAGGCGCCUCUUCGACCUCUACAAGAUGGACUUCCUGCUUUUCAAUUACUCCGCGCCCCCCUACCUGCGGCUGCACUAA